CCCGGAAAAACAAGGUUGCACACAUCAGUAGCAGCAAAACCAUCCAUGAGGACGAGGCGUUAGAUCUAAAUUUGACACUCUAGGUCUGGAUGGGGGACAUGGGUGGCUGUAGACACAGAGCUGGACGAACUGCAAGAAAGAGGAGGGGGAAACACAAAAGCACCAUCCAGUCUGUAUCACUGUGUCACCAGCUGCAAUUUGUGAGGCUGAUGAAGUUUCUUCACCAACGAGGAUUCACCUCAACUCUGCUGCAGCCGGCUGUCUUCACUGACACAGGCAGAGGGCUGCAGACUCUGAAAACUAUAAAGCCUGGUGAGCUGAUCAUUUCACUGCCAGAAUCUUGUCUUAUCACAGCUGCAACAGCUCUGGACAGCGACCUGGGACAGUUUAUCAAGUGCUGGAAGCCCCGUCUUUCACCUCUUUUGGCUAUCUGUGUCUUUCUGGUGUGUGAGCGGCACAGAGGGGAAGCCUCUGAUUGGUUCCCUUACAUCAGCGUGCUGCCCGACACUUACACCUGCCCGGCUUAUUUCACAGAUGAAGUCAUGGCUGUCCUGCCCGCCGGUGUGCAGAGGCGCGCUGUAGAGCAGAGGGAGGCUCUGCAUGAGAUGCACUCCACCAGCCAGGACUUCUUCAGGUCCCUGCAGCCGAUUCUGAGCCAGCCCACUGAGGAUGUUCUGACCUAUGAGGCACUGAGGUGGGCUUGGUGUAGCGUCAACACACGUUCUGUUUUCAUGUCCCAUCCGUCCAACAACUUCCUGUCUGGGCAGGAUAACUAUGCUUUAGCUCCGUUUCUGGACCUCCUCAACCACCGCCCUGAUGUGCAGGUAAAAGCAAGUUUCAAUGAUGUGACCAGAUGUUAUGAAAUCAGGAGUGUUUCUGGGACACAACGCUUCCAGCAGGCCUUCAUUAACUAUGGUUCCCAUGACAACCAGCGACUGUUGUUAGAGUACGGAUUUGUUGCCACCAACAACCCCCACAGCGUGGUGUAUGUGGAAACAGAUCUUUUGUGUGAUGUUUUAAGAGGUGAUAAGAGUUUGGAUCAGAAGAUUAAAUUUCUCAGAGAGAAUAAUUUCCUUCAUAAUCUCACCAUUUCCACUGAAGGUCCCAGUUGGAGGCUGAUGACUGCUCUCAGAUUGUUGUCUCUGCCACAAGCGCUGUAUCACCACUGGAGGGCAGCGUUGCUCGGCCAGACUGUAUGUGAAGAGAUGGAGGAAUGGAGCUUCCGCACGGCUAAAACUCUUUGUCAGCGACUACUACAAAAUACACACAAAGCUUUAGACAAGAUCUCACACCUUCUCCAAGAAUGUGAGCAGCCGAUCAGGGAGCAGCUACUCACCGUCAGAUCGUUGCGGCAGGAGGAGAGGUGCAUCUUGGGAAGUUGUCUUGAGACGCUGGGAGGUUCAUUCAAACAAAAUGACAACCUGUUGUCAUGCCAACCGAAUGUUGGAGAUGUAACAUGACAUGGUCCGAUCCCAAAUAUGUACCAAAAGGACAUCAGCCCACUGCAACACUCAGGAAUUUACUUGGCAUUUGAUGAAAAAUUGGCCUUAAAUUACACAAAAACAUGUUUGUCUGACUGGCAUCAAACCAAAAUGAAUGUUGUAGUCAGGGGACUAUACCUGGAUGACGCGGUGUAAGGUCGAAUUAUGCCGAAAUGUUUACAUUCAAUAAACUUAAAUUAGCCAAAAAGGC